CUUAGUAAUCACAUCACUUGUGGUCAUUGCGCCAACAAAUGCUCACGUAAUGACAGGCCUGUUAGCUUGAGGAGUGCAUUGUGUCCUCGUUGUACUUUACCUGUAUUUGCAAACAUGUUUGUUGCCCGCAGCAUUGCAGCGGAUCAUAAAGAUCUAAUUCAUGAUGUGUCGUAUGAUUUUCACGGCCGGAGAAUGGCGACUUGUUCCAGUGACCAAAGUGUCAAAGUGUGGGACAAAAGUGAGAAUGGAGUGUGGCACUGCACCGCCAGUUGGAAGACACAUAGUGGAUCAGUGUGGAGAGUGACCUGGGCUCAUCCAGAAUUUGGACAAGUGCUUGCAUCAUGCUCCUUUGACAGGACAGCGGCUGUCUGGGAGGAGAUUGUCGGAGAAUCAAAUGACAAACAGAGGGGAUUGAGCCACUGGAUAAAAAGAACCACACUUGUGGACAGUAGAACAUCAGUGACUGAUGUGAAAUUUGCCCCCAAACACAUGGGUCUAAUGCUGACCACGUGCUCUGCGGAUGGAGUGGUGAGGAUCUAUGAGGCUCCGGAUGUCAUGAACCUGAGUCAGUGGUCCCUGCAGCAUGAAAUCUCUUGCAAGCUCACCUGCAGCUGCAUUUCUUGGAAUCCCUCCAGCUCACGUGCCCACCCGCCAAUGUUCGCAGUGGGGAGCGACGACAGCAAUGUCACGUACGGUGGCAAAGUCCAGAUCUAUGAGUACAAUGAAAACACAAGGAAAUAUGCCAAAGCUGAGACGCUGAUGACCAUUACCGAUGCAGUGCAUGACAUUGCAUUUGCUCCAAAUCUGGGACGAUCUUUCCAUGUCCUCGCCAUUGCAACAAAAGACGUCAGAAUCUUUAAACUUGUCCCUUUAAGGAAGGAGAGCACCGCUACAGGACCGACCAAGUUCGAGGUGCAGAUUGUCGCCCAGUUUGACAACCACAACUCCCAGGUGUGGCGUGUGAGCUGGAACAUCACCAGCACCUUGCUGGCCUCUUCUGGGGAUGAUGGCUGUGUGCGUUUAUGGAAAGCCAACUACAUGGACAACUGGAAGUGUACAGGCAUUCUGAAGGGAGACGGCAGCCCACUAACUGGUUCAUCUGGUCAGCCCACAGCCAUGAGAACUGUGGUGGGCUCCUCUGCUCAGACCUCCCAGAAUGCACUAAAUGGAAUGUCUGCAGGAAGGUAUUUCUUUCCCCCUCUGGAUCCUCCCAGAGCUGGAACCGGGCAUGGUCACCUGCUUCCUCCCCCUUCACUCAUAGAGCACUGUGAUGCUGAACACAGUCAGCCUCAGCAACACUCCAUUUCAUGCAGACUUUCCUCAAGAUCACUGGUGUCCUUAUCAGAGUCUGACGGGCAAUAAUACUGCAUAUCAAUUGCAUAUACAAAUAAAGAAAGACGUGAUAGGGCUGCACAUAUGCUUAUCUUUUUGUCUUGUAUGUGUAUAUUUUCACACUUUUGUGAUGAAAAUAAGUGCCAAACCCGUUGUCAUCUUGUGUCCAAUUGCCAUACUAAAGCUGCAUCCAAAGCUUGUAUUGUCAACUGUUAUGAUAAAAGAAAUGCACACAAUUCAAUCCAGUAUAUGCUCAACCUACUUUAGCAUUCGGCAAACCAAGUAAAAGAACAUCCUCCUCGGUCUGGUGACCGUGUCAAACGGGUAGGAAGUUUAAUCGUCUACAAUCAUGUCUUUGUUUUUUCAACACAAGAUGUCGCCACAGAGCCAACUAAAGAUGACUGGCCAAGUGGACUUGGCAGUAAAUAGCUGCUCGCACGUGCACAAAGGCUCUACUGGCUCGCAACAAGUAUUAAUCGGUACCCUGGUGAUGUGGAUAUAAGAGACCUGUUACCGAGUCAGAAACAGGAAACAACUGCAAGCUUUCUGCCAUUGAUUAAAUGAGUUGACAGCAAAACUUAGCAGCUUGUCACUUCAGCUCCCCCCCCCCCCCCCCCAGUGCCUCUCAGACACAGGAACUCUUAGCAGAGUGGAAAGGAAAGCUUCUGGAAACCUGGGAAAAGCAGAAUGUAUGUCUAGUGCUGUGGGCAAAUCAACUGAUUGGACAGACAUGGCCCAGCUGAAGUGUAAUACUAAAAUUGAUUUAUUUUUCUAUCAUUUAAUUUUCUAUUUUUAAAGACACUCGCUCAAAUAUGUAUGGUGGUUCUUGUAGCAUUAACCAUUUAUAUAGUCUUGAUUUGGUCAAAUACAGUCCCUUCCAACGUGAUUGAAACAGCAAAGUCAAUUCCUUUGUUUUUGUUGUAUAGUGAAGACAUUUGGGUUUCAUAUCAAAAGAUGAAUGUGAGACAAAAGUUCAGAAUUGCAGCAUUUAAUUUAUGGUAUUUACAUCUAGAUGUGUUAAACAACUCAGGACAGAGCACCUUUUGUUUGAAGGCACCCACUUUUCAAGUGAGCAGACAUUGGAACAGACAUUAUUAAAUUAACUUAAAGGUAAUAAAUAACGUUGAAUAUUUGGUGACAUAACCCUUACUUGCAAUAACUGCACCAACCCUGCGACCUAUUGACUUCACCAGACUGUUGCGUUCUACAUUUGAAAUUCUUUUCCAGGCACUUACUGCAGCCUCUUUCAGUUCUUGUUUGUUUCUGGGGGUUUCUCUCUCCAGUCUCCUCUUCAGGAGGUAAAAUGCAUGCUCUAUUGGGUUACGGUCUGGCGAUUGACUUGGCCAGUCUAAGACCUCCACUUUUCCCCCCUAAAGAAGUCCUUUGUUUUGUUGGCAGUGUGUUUUGGGCCGUCUUGUUGCAUGAUGAAGCGUCUCCUGAUUAUUUUGAAUGCAUUUUUCUGUAAAUUGCCAGACAAAAUGGUUUUGUAGACUUCAGAAUUCAUUCUGCUGCUACCACCAUGAGUUACAUCAUCAUUAAAGACUAGUGAGCCUCUUCCAGAAGCAGCCAUGCAAGCCCAAGCCAUGACAUUAUCUCCACCAUGUUUCACAGAUGAGCUUGUUUGUUUUGGAUCAUAAGCUGAUCCUUUCUUUGUCCAUACUUUGGCAUUUCCAUCAUUUUGGUAGAGAUUAAUCUUGGUCUCAUCAGUCCAUAAAACUUUGUUUCAAAACUUUUGUGGCUCAUCUCUGUACUUUGCAAAAUCCAAUCUGGCCUUCCAAUUAUUUUUGCUGAUGAGUGGAUUGCAUCUAGUGGUAUGGCCUGGCUAUUUCUUCUCUCUUAGUCUUCUUCGAACAGUGGCUCGUGAUACCUUCACCCCUGCUCUGUGUAUGUUGGCAUUGAUGUCACUGACUGUUGUUUUUCGGUGUUUCUUCACAGCUCUCACAAUGUUUCUGUCAUCAACUGCUGUUGAUACCCUUGGCCGCCCACUUCGAUGUCUGUUGUUCAGUACAACAGUAGUUUCUUUCUUUUUCAGGACAUUCCAUAUUGUUGUAUUGGCUAUGCCCAAUGUUUGUGCAAAAGCUGUAAUCGAUUUUCCCUCUUCUCUCAGCUUCAAAAUGGUUUGCUUUUCUCCCAUAGACAGCUCUCUGGUCUUCAUGUUUGCUUAACAGCAAAUGCAGUUUUCAGAGGUGAUAGCCAAAAACAAGCACUAUCUCAUGUUUACGCAAUCAAUCUAAAAGGUAACACCCGAGCAACUAGAAACCCAUCAGUCACAUGUUCCAAUACUUUUGCUCACUUGAAAAGUGAAAAUAAAGGAAGUUACCUUGCCGUUCCAAUACUUUUGGAGGAGACUGUACAUUUAAAAGGGUUGCAAAUCCAUCCAUCCAUCCAUUUUUUGUACUGCUUCUCCUCACAAGGGUCGCGGGCGUGCUGGAGCCUAUCCCAGCUUUCUUCAGGUGAGAGGUGGGAUACACCCUGAACUGGUGGCACAUAUAAACAAAUAACCAUUUGCACUCACAUUCACACCUAUGGGCAAUUUAGAGUCUUCAAUCAACCUACCACACAUGUUUUUGGGAUGUGGGAGGAAACCGGAGUGCCCGGAAAAAAUCCACGCAGGCACGGGGAGAACAUGCAAACUUCACACAGGCGGGGUCGGAAUUUGAACCCUGGUCCUCAGAACUGUGAGGAAGAUGUGCUAACCAGUCGGCCACCAUGCCGCCCAGCUAAAAUAAUUUUAAACAUAAUUAUCCAACAUCCAAAUUGUGGCUCAUGAAAAUGCUGAGUGGCUAGUAACUCUGUCAAACCACUUGCCACAUUGGCUGGUGAGCAAAAAGGUUAAUAUGAAGCCCUGCAAUGUAUCAUAUACUAUUUGUAUAAAUAAAUGGGCUACAUGUAUUUAACUUUUGUCCAAAGACACCAACCAUGAAGAAAACAAAAUGUUACUUCGGCUUCAAACAAGCAUGUCAUCAAUCCGAGUUAAGAUCGUUAGCUAGCAUAAGCAGGAAGUCCGCUAUCCGUGUUCCGCGUUGGUGACGUGACAGUCUGCAUACAAAUAGCGAGAUUAAAUUUAAUAAAUUUUUACAGCUCAAAUUUGUUUUUACCGUAACUUGAUGCUUUACAGCAUUUAGCAUAUUGCUCUAUGAAGGAUUCUGGAGGCCACUGUGCUCUUAGGAACCUUCAGUGGAGCAGGAUUGUUUUUUGUAACCAUGGCCAGAUCUGUGCCUUGCCACCAUUCUGUCUCUGAGCUCUUCAGGCAGUUCCUUUGACCUCAUGAUUCUCAUUUUGCUCUGACAUGCACUGUGAGGUCUUAUAUAGACAGGUGUGCGGCUUUCCUAAUCAAGUCCAAUCAGUAUCAUCAAACACAGCUGGACUCCAAUGAAGGUGUAGAAGCAUCUAGAGGAUUAUCAGAAGAAAUGGACAGCACCCAAGUUAAAUAUAUGAGUGUCACAGUAAAGAGUCUGAAAACUUAUGGCUGUGUGAUAUUUCAGUUUUUCUUUUUUAAUGAAUCUGCAAAAAAUUCAACAAUUCUGUUUAUUUUCUGUCAAUAUGGGGUGCAGUGUGUACAUUGAGGAAAAUGUCUAGAUCAUUCAUCAUUCUACAUGUCUAGAAACUAAAUAUUAUGUAACUAACAAUCAAGAAACAACAGAAAUUAUUUUUCAUGUAGAAAUUAGGCAGGCAUUUUCCCUCUGAAAAGUAUUUUCCAAAAUGUUUAAUGAAUCAGUAUAAUGUAUGAGUACUGAAAUAAACUGACUUUACAACCAUAUUUAAGUUUAUUGAGAUGUACCCGUACAUUUUGGAUUAAAAAAAUUUGGUCACACCA